AUGCACCAAAUGAAUCCAACGGCUAGACGCAGUGGCGGAUCCAAAGUGUGGCACGGGUGGGCCGUGGAUCACCCUAAGAAUUUGAACCGGCCCAAGCCCAUCCGGCAGCGGGCAGCCGACGCAUCGAGUCCACUGCUCCUCUUCGCUGCCGCCGCCAGCGCUGGCGGCUGGCCCGCCCUUCUCGGCCGCAGUAGUGCUUCUCCGCCUCUCUGGCGCCUCUUCAUCGCCCGCUUCAGCGCUUCUCCGCGCUCGACGACUCCGGGACGCCAGCAGCAAGCCAGCAACCUCACCGCAUCCGUCGCCACUUCGCUCGGCUCCAUCCCGCGCCGCGCGGCCGCAGGAGGCGAGGUCGCGAGGAAGCUGACCGGCGCCGCUGACGGAGAGGCGGACGAACGAGGAGUCAAGAGGGCUGCGGAAGUGCGGAUGCGGAGAGGAAGCCGCCAAGCCGGAAGGCAAAAGCAGAGAGCACGACCACGGAGAAGAAUUGUUGAAACAUGAAGAGGAACGGAGAUAUUGUAUCUCUUUUUCGGAAACAUGUAGCAAAGAAGAUUACUUCUUCUUCAUCUCCCUCUCCGGUUGCGGCUAUGGUGGAAGAACAGACUCAAGAACAAGAAGACGUACCAGAGCAAGUGAGAGUAUUUGAAGAAAUUAUGAAUCUGAUGCUAUCUUCUUCACCUUCAGUUUCACUUGAAUAUGUCUCAUCACCACCACCGAUUUAUGACAUUAAUCGCCUUCCACAUGAUUCCGGGGAAAGACUGUCCAUUGCAAGUUAUUCUGUCAAUGAUCAAGAUGCAAUUCGAAGAGCAUAUAGUCUUAAAAGGUCCAUUCCAUCCUUAUGCAAAUGAUUUUGAAAAAAGAAAAUUUGAAAUAGAGAUCGGCAAUUCGCACCUUUAUGGUUUCUAAAUAUUAUGAUUUGAAUAUAGUAUCAAGAAGGAAUCUGUAUUUUGCUUUAUAUACUACUUGUUCAAAAAGAAAAAAAAAGUAAGGGUGAUGGGAUUGAUGCAUUUAUUAAAGGUGGUUGGAGAAAUUGGAAGAAAAGAGAUGAAGCACUUGAUAAAUAUGUGAGUGGUGUAACAAGUGUACACAAUGCAGAUCAAGAGAGAUACA